AUGAAGAUGAAGAUGAGGAGCGGGUUCACCUCCUUACUGCUCCUGCGCGCGGCUUCUCUGCUCCAUGCUGCCAAAUGGACUUACUCCGGAGCAGAUGGGGAGCAGCAUUGGCCCAAACACUUCCCGUACUGUGGCGGAACGUUCCAGUCUCCCAUCCACAUCACCUCUGACCUGCUGCGCUUCGACCCCACGCUGGGACCUGUCACUCUGCACAACUACAACCUGCCCCCCACGGAGCAGCUGACUCUGGGCAACAACGGACACUCGGUCCAAAUCUCGCUGCCGUCUCGGAUGCACAUCUCGAGCCUGCCUCACCGCUACAGCGCCGCGCAGCUGCACUUCCAUUGGGGCUCGGCGUCUCGACCAAUGGGAUCGGAGCACACGGUCAACCAUAAACAGUUCGCAGGAGAAAUGCAUGUGGUGCACUUUAACUCAGAGAAGUAUCCAAACAUGUCGGUGGCUGUGGAUAAAUCUGACGGACUGGCCGUGCUCGGGGUCCUCAUCGAGAUUGGUGAAUUCAGUCCUGCCUUUGAUCAGUUCCUGAAAUUCAUCAAUGGAAUCAAAUACAAAGGUCAGAAAGUUCAGGUCCCUGGAUUCAACGUCCAAGACCUGUUGCCUCGUCUGGAUGAGUAUUAUCGCUACGACGGCUCGCUGACCACGCCCCCUUGUUACCCCAGUGUUCUGUGGACGCUGUUCAGAAACACAGUAACCAUAUCUCGCUCUCAGUUCGUGUCCCUGGCCACAGCCCUGUUCUCGUCUCAUGCUCAGGACUCGACCCCUGUCCCUCUGAACACAAACUUCAGGAAACCGCAGGAGGUCGACAGUCGCCUGGUGCUGGUGUCCUUUAAAGAGGGCAGAGGGAAGCUUGCCCCGACUGUCACCCCUGGCUUCAUGAGGAAGCACAUAGUGCUGCAGCUGCUGGUGGGAGACCUGGCCGACCUGGCAGACGAAGGCCUGUUCCAGCUUCUUCCCAGUGUCUCAAAGCUUCAAGGUGGCAACAAGAAAGAGCUGUGGUCCAAAGGUCCCAAAUCCAAAAAACACAUGUUGGAUUCUCCUCAGAAGAAGAGCCAGAGCCGCUCUGAGGGACAGACUGUGCCAAACCAAAACACUCUGUGCUAUGUGUCUCUGGAGCAGCGAGUGGUGACGCAGCUGCAUCAGGCUCACGCUGAGAACCGUCUGGUGCAGACUCUUCAGGACGAGCUGUUCCCACAACUCAACCUGCGCAGUUUUCUGGACUGUAGAUCUGACCUGGCUCUUCCCACCAUCAGACACAUCCUGAGCGGACGACCCACAGACGAGGCCUGGGAGCUCAACCAGUCUCUCACUAAAGCCUUCUCUGUGCAGAAGAAAACCUCCACAGCGUUGAAGAAGAGAAAACCUGUGACGAACACUAGCAAACACCCUCCGACCAUGGUCCCCAGGAGACCCCCCAGCCAGGGCCACCCCCACCCCUGGCUCCUGCCCAUGGAGUGGGAGGACUGA